AUGUCGAUCAAACACGCACUUUCAAAGAUAAAAAAUGUCAGUCUAUCAGACACGGAAUUGGUACCGCCUCGCAAGAGUAUAUCACAGUUUGUGCAUGGCCGUGAAUUCGUGUACUCGAGUGACGACACAAGCGACGACAGCGAGAACAUGAGCAGGAAAGAACUCAGGCGUGAAGCACGGCGGAAAGCCAAGUCGCAAUCGCGGUCUCGAUUAAGCGAAGAUUCUAGCGUUGAUCUUGUGAAGAAGAAGGAAAGAGAUGAACAGGCCGCAAAGGAGGAAACCGAGGAAAUGAGAGCCCGAUACGGGGACCUGCCCCUCAUGCAGUCAAGGAGCCGCACCCGACAGAACCUCACCAAGUUUGAGUCAAUCAGGUCCGAUAUGGACGGGCAAGAGAUCACAUUCCGUGCGCGGCUUCAUGUUGUUCGUCGCAUGGGCCAAAAAUUGGUAUUUCUUGUUUUCCGCCAGCAGGUGAUCACUUUGCAAGGGGUCCUUACGGAGGCUAAAGGAGAGAUAUCCACGCUUAUGGUGCAGUGGGCUGAGCAUAUCCGUGUGGGCUCGAUACUGAGAGUGAAGGGUAUACUUCGCAAACCGGAGGUUCCUGUAAUUGGAACUACUAUUCACGACAUUGAACUCCAUAUUCGGGAACUUCACGUCAUCGUCCGGAGAGAAGAGCCAGUUCCAUUCAGCGUCUACGAAGCCGAGUUGCCCGCGGCAGACGAGGAGAAGAUCGAAGGCAGGCGAACUAGAGUGCCAGAUAGGACGAGGUUGACGAACCGCAUUCUUGAUCUUCGAACAGAUACUUCUCAGUCCAUUUUCCGCAUUCAAUCCGCCAUCUCCUCGUACUUUCGUUCAACGCUCGACGCAAAUGGUUUCAUUGAGAUACACACCCCGAAGCUACAGGGCUCGGCCACCGAAUCGGGAGCCAGCGUGUUCAAUGUAAACUAUUUCAGCCGACCGGCCUUCUUAGCCCAAAGUCCACAGCUCGCGAAACAAAUGGCGAUCGCGUCAGACUUUGAGCGAGUAUACGAGAUAGGAGCUGUCUUUCGCGCAGAGAAUUCCAAUACUCACAGACACUUGACGGAGUACACUGGCUUGGACAUGGAAAUGGUCAUCGAAGAGCAUUACCAUGAAUCUUUGGACGUCCUUGAUCAAGUGAUCAAGGCAAUAUUUACCGCGAUUUAUGACAGACACAGACGAGAAGUGCAAAUCAUCAAGCACCAAUUUCCCUCUGAAGAUCUGUUGUGGCUGGACCAGACUCCAAUUAUCACCUUCUCAGAGGGUAUCAAGAUGCUGAACGAAUCUGGCUGGCGAACUGAAGAUGGGAAGGAGUUUUCAGAUCAGGAGGACAUUGGAACCCGCGAUGAGAUUCGAUUAGGGGAGUUGAUCAAAGAAAAGUAUCACACCGACUAUUAUAUCAUGGACAAAUUCCCCGCUGCCGCACGACCCUUUUACGCGAUGCCCGAUCCUGAUGAUAGCCGGUUCACCAAUUCGUAUGAUAUUUUCGUACGAGGUCAAGAAAUCGUCUCUGGCGGUCAACGUAUUCAUGACCCUGUCAUGUUAGAGGAGCGCAUGAAAAAGAUGGGGAUAGAUCCCGCCUCUAUGGAGGAGUAUAUGGAGGGAUUCAGAUGGGGUGCUCCGCCUCAUGCUGGUGCUGGUAUUGGUCUGGAAAGAAUGCUUAUGCUGAUUCUCAAGCUGGGCAAUAUACGCCUUGCCUCGUUGUUCCACCGUGAUCCCAAGAGCUUCCCCGCGCAGGAUCAGCCUGUGUUGCUGAGACACCCAGAUGCAUCAACACUUGAUCCCCCAUGGGAGGACGAUUCCAAGUCGGAGAAAGUCAAAGAGACAUCUGACCGCAAGCUUCAAGAUCUAGCAGAUCUCAUCGCAAAUUAUGGUGAUGCCACGUCGACAUCUUGGUUCGACGACCGCUUCCAAGUCUGGCGAGAUGCUGCCACCGGCGCAGCGGUCUCUUAUGUCCCCGCCCACGGCUACGCCAUUAUCGCCGGCAACCCGCUUUGUGACAGCAGUCAAUACCCCAGAAUUGUCACGCAAUUCCUCCGUUGGCUCAAGAAGGAAACCAAACUCAAGCCUAUCUGGAUUCUCUGCUCUGUGGAAGUAGAAAAUAUCCUGGGCGAAAGGCUGGGCUGGCGGAGUCUGUCUUGCGUCGCCGAAGAACGCGUCGACCCCGCACGCAAUCAAGCAGCCUCUGACGGUGAAAUAGCCCGGAAGAUCCGCCAGGCUGAAAACAACGGCGUUAAGGUCACCACCCUCAGAUUUGGCCAGACUGUCCCUGAAAACGUCCAGCGGAAAAUCGACGCCCGUAUCCAAGACUGGCUUUCCAACCGCAAGGGAACACAGAUCCAUCUAUCCCAAAUCACCCCUUGGCGCGACCAGCGGCACAGACAAUACUUUUAUGCUACCGACCGCGAUGGAAAGAUCUGUUCCUUCGUCGCGCUUACACAACUCUCCCCCAGGAAUGGGAUGCAGGUCAAAUAUAGCUUGGACUUUCCGGGCUCACCAUCCGGCUCCAUCGAAUACAUCGUCACCCACGCCAUUCAAACAGCGGCGAAAUCGGGGGUUAAAUCACUUACUUUUGGCGGCGGGGCUACGGCACACUUGACUCCGGGCCAUAAUCUCAGCAGUGCAAAAGCAAAAGUGCUGUCGACAACAUAUGAUGCGAUUGUCAAACAGUUCAAACUAAACCGGAAAACGGAAUUUAGGGCCAAAUUGGGAGCCCAUGAGGAACCGGUUUACAUUGCAUAUCCGAAGCGUGGACUGGGAACAAGGGGUAUCAGGGCGAUUUUAAGUUUCUUCGAGGAUUGA